GUGGGGGUGCAGGGGGGACGUGGAGAGCCGGUGUUCGCCUGGGGGUGUCCGGACGACGCGGCCACCGCCACCCCUGACGCCCCGCUGGCGGGCAGCGAGCCAGCACAGGCGCGGGUUUUGAAGCACAGCUGCGCACCCGACCCCCACGUUUCAGGUCCAGGCACCGUGGUCUCCAGGAGCGCUAGUGAUUUUGGCUUUGGCUGGACGCUCCCUGACGCACGUCACCAGUUUGACAGCUUCGUAUCAAAUCAGAGGGCAGCGCUCACCGGGAGCCCCCCGCGUCACCCGCAGCUCCUGAAGACUAGAACUCGCCUCUCUUAGUUCCUCCCCUCAGUCCCAUUUAAAACUCCCACCAGCUUUACCGAAAAAUUAAGAGUGGGUUCAGUUUCUGCAGCGCCUUCUUUUCCUGCAAGAUGAACACCGUUCUGCCUUGCCAAGACCAGUACUUUGUAGGAGGCCAGAGCUAUAAUUGCCCGUAUUCCACUACAACGUCAGAAUCUGGUGUUGACGUUUCCACGGAUACUUGGGUCUCUUUCUGGGCUGCUGGUCUCCUGGACAACAGAGAGCCCCAACAAGCACCACAGGCACAGGAACCAUCUAGUGACUCGAAUUUCCCCUUUCCUAACUCUUGUUCGUGGGAAGAGGCUCAGCUUUCCUCUCAGCUCUACAGAAACAAGCAGCUACAAGAUACUCUGGUACAGAAGGAAGAAGAACUUGCUAGGUUACAUGAAGAGAAUAAUCACCUUAGACAAUACCUGAAUUCUGCUUUGGUGAAAUGUCUUGAGGAAAAAGCCAAGAAAUUGCUUUCAUCAGAUGAUUUCUCCAGAGCAUGUGGAAAAUUCAGAAAGGCGAAGAGGAAACCCAAAGAGCAAAGAUAUUUUCCUCUGGAGAUCCCCCAUCGCAAAAGUGCCAAGAGAAACCUCUCCAGUGAGUUUGCUAACUGUGAAGAACAGCCUGCCCCCGCAGUGGACCCCUGGGUCCUUCAAACACUUGGGUUAAAAGACCUCAACACCAUUGAUGACACCUUAUCAGCUAACUACAGUGCCCUCUCCCCACAUCCCAGAAGAAUCACCCGCGCAUUUCCCCAGUUUGUAGAGAGUGCAGUUGAUUAUGGAAGCGCCCCCACGGAGGAUAUGCCAAUUGACUACGGAGGUGAGAGAACAACCCCUUCCCACAGCACUGCCAGCGACAGGGAAGAUUUUCACUUCCUUUCUCAACUUUCAAAUCCCCCAGGAGGGCUGCCAACUCUUCCUCACUAUACUUCUGAUGUGUCACCCAAUAAAACAGAGAUGGCCUUUUCCACAUCCCUGAGCCCUCACUGUAAUGUGAAAACUCAUUCCUUCCACCAGGGACAAGCCUUUGUCCGCCGAGAUGAGAAGGGAGGCUGGAAGUUUACCUGGGUCCCUAAGCAGUCUUAGUGACCCCUCCUCUACCACAAAGGACUGCCAUGAACUCUGUUUACAAAGACCUCCCUUGCACUUGAACCUGACUGUGUGGAAUACAGAAGCUAUUUCCCAGACUGUCUCCUGACACUUUAAAUGUCACCCUCAAUUACCCACGUAAAUCUGCAGGGAAUGGCUUCCAAGAUUCUGUAAUGAAGCAUGCCUGCUCUCCUUUCACCUAAAUUUGACUUGCUUACACACCAACACCUGCUGUUGCCUUCUUCCCUGUACCCUGUACUUAAAAUUGUAUUUUCCAGUUGCCUGUAUAUUCCUUUGAGACCUACAUAUGCUGCUCCAAUUAUAACAAAUCUAACAGAUUUUCUCCUUUCAUCAAGCAGUGUAAGUGUUCACAGCUUUCAUGCUCUCACUUGCAUCCCUCUCCCGCUCUUCUUCAUUUCUGAAAACUGCCUUUAGAAUGAGCACUGUUUUUGCUCUCAGUACCUGCUAUCAAGUGCUCAAUUUGCUGGGGAUGGGGUGGAGACAAGGGUCUGCCCAUCACCGAGGCCUGAGGACAUAAUGCAGAUGUGAAUAGUAUUAUGUGUGGUGUAGUUCAGUAAGUUGAGUGUCACAGGGUGGAGUUGACAAAGUGUCUUCAAACAGCUGUAACUCUACUGAUAAGCAAUGCCACAGAUAUGUUAAAAGCUAAGAGAAAAUUAAAAUUUCUUCAAAGUGACCCAUGGUGUAUCAGCUUUGUAGGCACCCGCUAUCGUCUCUUUAAUGACUGGAGCCCCAAACAAGAACAUUUUUGAGGGGCUUGUGGCAACAGAACAAGUUAUCACCCUAAUGUUCUGAGUGCUGACAAACUUCUAUUCCUGAAAAUAUAGUCUACCUGAGUUCUGCCAAUGUCUCUCUCUCUUUCAUUCAUUCAUUUAUUCAUUCAUUUUUCCAUUCAAUAAGGCAUUCAAAAUAUUUGUAGAACACCUACCAUGUCUCAGAUGCUAUGCUAUAAGGUGGAAAUAAAAUAUGAGCCAGUGAAGCACUGUGGCUGUCUUCAUGAGACCUCAGAGCCACACAUCCGCUGCUUCCCCGGUGUGAGAAUUGUUUUCCCAGCUGUUCAGUGCACAGAAUUUGAAGUAGAUAAUCACUAAUAUUCCAUUAUUUGAGGCUGGGUCCCAUCACCUUUACUCCAGCACUGCUAUCCCAGGGUACUAUUCUCUUCAGUUUUCACAAUCACUGAGAUUGUGUUGGGUGGACUUUAUAUAUAAUUAAAAAGAAAUGUGAGUCAUUCAUUGUUAACUUUAGAAUUCAGUGUUCUGAUCGUAGUACUUUUUUUGAUAUGAGCCCAUUUUGCAGGUUAAUUUGGGACUGUGUGAGAAUAGCUUGUAUCUAACAAAUAGAGAUAUUAAUUUUUAAAUAAGCAUGCAUAGAUUUAGUGCAAAUGUUGUCAUCAAUGAUUUAUGUCUUUCUACAUAAAAAUGUAUUCUUAGUGCUUGUGUUAGUUCCAUUGAAUCUCCUAAGCUCCCUACCCUCAGAAUAUUUAUAUAAUACAGAUGUGUGCCUGCUUAUAUGGACCAAAUUAUAAUUAAUGAUAUAAUCCAACAUGUUGAACCUUUUCCCCAUUUUUCUUUUUUUCCACCUCUCACUAAGCCACCUUGUGCAAUCAAUGUCUGAAAGCAAAAGUAUGCUUUUGUUGAUGUCGCUGUUUGUUUUUUUUUGUUUAUUUUGUGAUCUAUUUGCUGAACAAUCUGUUUUAUAUAGUUUCAUUACUACUCAGUUUUCUUUAAAUUUAAUGAAGGGAAAUCCAAGAUUUCAACUAAUAUUAUUCUCCAGAAUGUUUUAAAGACUUAGAAAGCUAUGGAACACAUUUGUUUUCUAAAAAAAAAAAAAAAAAAAAGGUGCCUUUCACAUUGUAGUAUCUGUGCCCCUUGUGGCUGAAAUUUAUCUCUUUAAAAAAAAACAAACAUAAUAAUUAGAAUUGAUUGCACUUUAAUACACUAGGAGUCAGGAAAGUAAUAUAGCUAUUUCAAAAGUCUAAAUAAUCAAGUUGUACAACAAAAUUGGUUAGUCAGCAAAUGUUUAUUUUGCAUUUUUAUGUGCCUUAUCAUGUGUUAUAUACCAUGAGUAAACACUCAGGCUUAACACAGUGCAUUUGGUAUAUAAGUCAAAGGUACAGAAGAUGUAAUAGUCUUUAAAUGAAAAUUGGUUUAAGUCCGGUUUAAAUAAAUGUCAGCACACUUGUGGUAAAUUAGUAUAACUUGCUCAGGCUUCAUGGAUAGUAACAUGGCAGAAAACUACAUCUUUUUGAAAUCAUAUCUUCACAUUUUAUAUUCAUUUUAAUUAUGUAUACACAUUUUUUAUGUUUUAAAAUUUGGGAAUUUCUCUAACUUGAAUAUGUUUUAAUUUUUAUGGUUUUACUAUGCCCCUCCAGUAAAUCACAGUUGAUAUUUUAGUAAUAUAAGGUAAAACAUAAAAACUAAACACUUUUGUGAUUAUGAUGAAUAUGUUUCUAUUGUACAUAAGAUGUUCUCAUAAUGGAUUUUUUCUUCUGGUUUUAAGUGUAAUCUUGUUGAUUUGCAUCUCUUUAGUAUGAUGCAUAUGACCAGUCCAGUGUCUUCAGCAUUUAGGGUUAAAGGUUCUUUCUUAACCCAGGAUUCAUUAAUGAGACUUUCAGAUAUUAAGUGACUUAAAGAGUUAAGUGCUUUGUGGGUACAGCACUCUCUUAACUAACCUUCUAAAAUUAAAAUCCAGUAUCAAUAUUUACAGUUUGGUAGUAUUUCCAGUGUUCUCUGAUAAUCUGAAAAUAAAUCAUACUUGUAUCUCACUAGUAUCUGGAAAAUAAGAGCAUUAGAAAGCUUCACUUAAGGGGGCAUUUAAUGAAUGGGGUCAUUUAAAACUGCAAUAAUGCUAAACUAUAAUGUUGAAAAGUUGGAAGAAAAGAAACUGUGUGAAUCAAUGGAAAGAAUUGCUCUAUUUGAUAUA